CAACGACGACAGGCGUCGCGGCGUACGCGUCGUAUCAAAAAAAAAAAAAAAAAGCCACCGCCUAAAAUUAUACAUAUAUCACAAGUAUUUUCUUAAUAUUAUCAUCAACAUAAUCAUCAAUGUUCUUAUCAAAAAAAUUUAAUAAAUUAUCAUUUUAAUAAUUAUUAAAUUACGAGUUUCUAAAAGUUGAUAACUUUUGAUUAUUUUGUAUAUAUUUCUGUGCGAAAAUAUUUCUUACUUGUCGCGUGAGUGUUGGUUAAGGGGUGGAAUCUACACACCGCGAUUCUAAGGAUCGAUAAACCAAGAGAAUGUUCAAGAAGGCGUUCAACGAAUCCGGCAGGAAAAUCUUAAAGGUGAUUAAAAAAUUAUCAACUAGAAGUAGAGCUGUUAAAAAAAGUCAACAAAAACAAGAUGAAGUUUAUCAUAACAAGGUUAUAUGUGAGCUUGCACCACCUCCAACACCAAUGUGGACAACGACAUAUUUUGAGCCGGACAUUGCCUCGUUAUCAUGGUCAUUGCCCUCACUUGAUGCCAAGAGUGUUGAUACAUAUAUGACAUACGUCAUUGAAAAUCUUGAUGAAUGCAAUUCCAUGUGUUGCUACUGCAUUGAACAUGAAAAUCAAAGAAAUGAAAAUCGAGAAAAUGAAAUGAUUCAUUAACAAUUUAUAUAAUUAUAUAUUUUUUUUUUUAUAAUUAAUCAUUAAGAAAUUACAAACUUAACGUAUCGCGAUAAUUUUAUUAUAUUAAAAAAUAAUCUAUAUAUAUUAUUAUAAAUUUUUUUUUUUUUUUUUAAGAUAAAUAUAUAAAUUAGCUUUUGUUAUUAUUUUAAAAUCUUUCAAAUAUGACAACAGCAAUAAUUAUUGGCCUAUUAAUCAACGAAAUGACAAAUUCAAAUUGCAUCUUUUAAAAAUAUUUUUAAUUAUUUAUAUCCAAUUUUGGAUUUUCGCUCAAUCUAUGUAUUUGCCUUUUUUCCUUAAUUAUCAAAAAAAAAAAAAAAAUAUAUAGUAAUAGCAAUAAGUUGAAAAAAAAUUUACACGCACCUGUAUGUCAAAGACCUGAUGUAAAUAUAACACAUCCAAGUACCUCCAAGUAGAUUUAAUUAUUACCACAAUCUUAUUAAAUUAUAAGAUAGAAUGUAAAAAUAUUUUAAGGCUGUGAAAA